UGUCUGUACGAAGGUGAUGGCAGCUGGCUGGACCUCUCUCGCUGAGAGAGUUGCAGAGGAGGGAGAAAGCAAAAGAUAGAAAGAAAGAGAGAGAGAAAGAGAAAUAGUGACAGCAGAUGAGGAGGAGAGAGAGAUCGAAUAGAUGGCUAUUAAAUCGGCAGAAAACACUAGUAGAGAAAGAGAGAGCUUUCCAAUCUAGGGUUUCGGAGCGAAUUCUUCUUCUGUUUGAGGACCUUUGCUUCAUUAGGAUUCCUGUAGCUCGAAUCGGGUCUUUGAGUAGGGUUUAGAUUGAUUGGGAUUUCAGAACACAGUGAGAGAGCUAUAACUGUUGUUCUGCGGAUGUGAGAUUUGCACUGAAAUUUCGCGGGAAUGGCUGCAUCGGAGGUUUCGAUCAAGGGAAAUGGCGGGAAUGUCCACGGAGAGAGCUUCUCCUCAGGGUGCAGCGAGCCUACUAGCGGUUCGGAGACGCCGAGAGGGUAUUCGAGCUUUCCGGGGACUGGUAAAGAAUCUGGGGAUGUGCUUUACACCGAACUCUGGCAUGCCUGUGCUGGUCCUCUUGUGACUGUGCCGCGCGAGGGAGAGAGGGUUUUCUACUUUCCUCAAGGACAUAUCGAGCAGGUUGUGGCCUCGACGAAUCAGGUUGCUGACAAGGAGAUGCCGCUUUAUCAUCUAUCGUCUAAGAUCCUCUGCCGCGUGAUCAACGUCCAAUUGAAGGCCGAACCAGACACCGAUGAGGUGUUCGCUCAAGUGACUUUGCUUCCCGAGCAGAACCAAGACGAGAACGCAGUGGAGAAAGAGCCAGUUCCCCCUCCCCCGCCACGCCCCCAUGUACAUUCGUUUUGUAAGACGUUGACUGCCUCGGAUACGAGCACUCAUGGUGGAUUUUCUGUUUUGAGACGACAUGCGGAUGAAUGCCUGCCCCCGCUGGACAUGUGCCGCCAACCACCAACUCAGGAGCUGGUUGCCAAAGAUUUGCAUGGAAUUGAGUGGCGCUUUCGCCACAUAUUUCGCGGUCAGCCUAGGAGGCACCUGCUUCAAAGUGGUUGGAGUGUUUUUGUUAGCUCCAAAAGGCUUGUUGCAGGGGAUGCUUUUAUUUUUCUCAGAGGUGAAAAUGGGGAACUUCGUGUUGGGGUGAGACGUGCUAUGAGACAGCAAAGUAAUGUUCCAUCUUCAGUCAUAUCUAGUCACAGCAUGCACCUGGGUGUCCUUGCCACAGCAUGGCAUGCUGUCUCAACAGGAACCAUGUUCACUGUAUAUUACAAGCCAAGGACAAGCCCUGCUGAGUUUAUUGUGCCGUUUGAUCAAUAUAUGGAGUCUGUUAAGAACAACUAUUCUAUAGGGAUGAGAUUUAAAAUGAGGUUUGAAGGUGAAGAAGCUCCAGAGCAGAGGUUUACGGGUACCAUAGUUGGCAUUGGAGAUGCUGACCCCAAUAGGUGGCCUGGAUCGAAAUGGAGAUGCCUCAAGGUACGGUGGGAUGAAACUUCUUCUAUUCCUCGCCCAGAGAGAGUAUCUCCUUGGAAAAUAGAACCCACCUUGACCCCUCCUGCACUGAAUCCCCUGCCAAUGCACCGGCCUAAGAGGCCCCGUGCAAAUAUGGUGCCUUCAUCUCCUGAUUCCUCUGUGCUUACAAGAGAAGGUUCAUCUAAAAUCACAGCAGACCCUUCACCAGUAAAUGGGUUUUCAAGGGUCUUGCAAGGUCAAGAAGUCUUGACCUUGAGAUGCAACCUUUCUGAGAACAACGAGUCUGACACUGCCCAGAAGCCUAUUCUAUGGUCUUCUUCACAAGAUGAUGAAAAGAUUAACAUGAUUUCUACCCAAAGAAGAUAUGGGUCAGAGAAUUGGAUGCCUUUUGUGAGGCACGAACCAACAUGCACAGAUCUACUGUCAAGUUUUCGCACCAUUGAUUCUUCUCAUGGGUUUUGCCCACCCUAUAUUGACCAAAGUCCAGAUGAAACUAAUCCAGUGAAACGACAAUUCCAAGACAAGGAAGGAAAAUUUAAUUUGCUUGCCGGCCCGUGGGCAAUGAUGCCUUCAAACCCUUUGCCAAACAUGUUGGAGUUCAGUAUGAAGGCCCCUGCACAUGCUGGUGAUGUGCCUUCUCAGAUGCCAGGAAAUGUAAAAUAUGGUGGGUUGAGUGGCUAUCCCAUGGUACAGAAUCUUGGAGUAGAUCAACAGUCAGGAAACUGGUUGAGGCCUCUGUUGCCACAUUCUCAUUCAGAAAAUCCAUCUCAUGUAAAAGGUCCAUUUCCUCGAUCAGAAGUUCUGCAACCUGAGGCUGUAAAAUCCAAAGGAGAAGGCAGUUACAAGCUCUUUGGUAUUCCCCUCAUUUCCAAACCUGUCACAUCUGAGCCUGCACUGCCACAUAAUACAAGGAAUGAGCCUGUGGAUGUCACCUACCACACCAUCCACCAACAAGCGUUGGACUCAGAUCAAAGGUCAGAACAGUCCAAAGGUUCAAAAUCAGCUGUUGUUGCUAUUGGGGGCAAUGAAAGGGAGAAACCUUCUCAUACUUCUCAGCAGUUUGCUAGGGAUGUUCAAAGCAAACUGCAGGGUUCCUCAACCAGGAGUUGCACCAAGGUUCUCAAGCAGGGGAUUGCACUUGGGAGGUCUGUUGAUCUUACCAAGUUUAAUGACUAUGAUGAACUGAUUGCUGAAUUGGAUAGAAUUUUCGAGUUUAAUGGUGAAUUAAUUGCUCCCAACAAAAGCUGGCUGGUCGUUUAUACUGAUAACGAGGGGGAUAUGAUGCUCGUUGGAGAUGAUCCUUGGCAGGAAUUUUGUAAUAUUGUCCGCAAAAUUUUUAUCUACACUAGAGAGGAGGUACAGAGAAUGAACCAUGUUAGUCUUGGCCCAAAGAUGGUCGAGGAAAACCCAGUGUUGACGGGAGAAAGAUUGGUGGCAAAAGUGGAGAUUUGUCCACUGGAUGCUCCGGCAGCUACUGUGGACGACUGAUUAGUUUUCUUCCGUAUUUCUGUAGGUUGCCUGGCACUAGUGCGUUCGAAAUUGCAUGUUCUCAUGUCAUGAGAACUUAUUGCUUUUGCUACCACUUGUGGGAUUAUAAACUAUUUAAUUCAACUUGGCCAUAAUCCAAGUAUUUGGGCUAAAAGGUUUGUGUUCCGGCUGCCAACCCAACACUACCCUCCUUGGUCAGAGGUGGGACUGGCAGUGUAAGAUAAGCAUUACACUUGGGAGUAAAUUGCUUUAACUAUCGAAAAGUGGAAUAUGGAGAAUUUAUCAUUCUUUGGUUCUCCCCCAGUGAUUGAGCAGGAUAUUGAAGCUUCAACCAGACUAAACUGCAGCAAAGUCGGUUGUAGCUCUACCAACUUUAUGGGCCUUUACAUUUUACCCUUCGCAGAUAUGGCAGCACUUUAAUUCUCCCCAGUUUUGGAUUUUGUGAUUUUUAUCGACAAUAUAGCUUCUAGGUCUCUAUCAAAUUGUAUACAUGAUAUAAAAUUAUAUAUACAUAAAUUCUGCAAGCCUUGGCAGUUUAAGGCCUUGCAUUCCCAUUUAUGUACAGUUUUCUUUUUUUUCAUUUCCUCCACUUUUCUUCAAUGUACGCUGACGAGAGUGUCAUAUCUCUUAAUGAUGCCUUCACUUUUACUGGUUUGCCUUCUUACUUUUUGAUAGCAAGAGGCUUGGUGUAUAUUUAUUAAACCUAAAGAACUGAAUACCCAAACUUAGAUCGA